AGUGAGAGAAGUGACAGUGCGAGUGAGUGGCAGGAGGGAAUAUGACAGGUGUGUGAGAGGAGGAUGGAGUCUGUGGGGCUCUCGCUGCUGACGCUGUCGGUGCUGUGUCCGCUCGGGGCGCUGUUACUGUGCUGCUGGGUCGGGAGCGUUGUACUGGGCUCCGGCCUCCUGCCCUUCCUCUUCUCCUUGUCAUCCCGCGACCCCCCGGCCCUCUCCCCCUGUCUCAUUGCCCUGCUGCUGCUGCCGCUAUUGCUGCUGUGGGGCUGGAGGAGACUGUCCCGACCCCUUGAGCUGCUCAGGAGUCCGGAGGAGGUGGGAUACAUCCCGGAGAGGGGUCGGAGUCGCGCACAGACCGCUAAUGUGGUGAGAAGGAGGCGGAGGAAGGGGGAGCUGCCGCCCAUAUACCCCAAUGGCUGGUACCGGGCCCUCGACUCUCACCUGCUGCCCCCUGGCACUUUACUGGACUGUAGCCUGCUGGGGGAGCAGCUGGUAGUGUAUCGGACGUUGGAGGGCAAAGUGUAUGUGCUAGAAGCAUACUGCCCUCACCUUGGUGCCAAUCUGGCUGUGGGCGGCAAAGUGGUGGGAGACUGCAUUGAGUGCCCUUUCCAUGGCUGGCAGUUCCGAGGAGAAGAUGGCAAAUGCACAAGAAUUCCUUAUGCAGAAAAAGUGCCGGAUUUUGCCAAGAUUAAAACCAGACCCUCGUGUGAGCUGAAUGGAAUGGUGUUUGUGUGGUACCACUGUGAUGCCAUUGAACCCACAUGGAGUGUCCCGGAGCAGGAGGAGAUCACCAAGAAGGAGUGGGUGUACCACGGGCGCACGGAGCACUAUGUCAAUGCCCAUAUAGAGGAAAUUCCGGAGAAUGCAGCCGACAUUGCCCACCUGGAUUUCCUGCACUCUCCCGGCAUUCUGAGUGGAGUGGAUCUGCGCUACACUAAAUCUAGGAUAUGGGACUUUGUGAAACAUUCGUGGAAGGUCCAAUGGAUCCCGGAGCCUUCGCCCAACAAACACUGUUCCCAGAUGCUCCUUGCACAUUCCAUGCUUCUGUUUGGGAAACACUUGUCACUUCUCGAUGUGAAUGUUGUAGCGAGACAGGUGGGACCCGGAAUAGUCUUUCUCCACUUCAAGCAUUCCUUCCUGGGGCAGGGAGUUAUCCUGCACUGCGUAACUCCCGUGGAGCCUUUGCUUCAAAAGGUCUCUCACAGUAUCUACUACCAGAAGAACAUACCGGCCCUCAUCCCAAAGUUCAUUUUGAAGGCAGAAUGCAUUCAGUUUGAGCGGGACGUGAUGAUCUGGAACAACAAGAAGUACAUUUCCAAGCCCAUGCUGGUCAAAGAGGAUGCGGCUAUUCAGAAACACCGGCGCUGGUUCUCCCAGUUCUACAGUGACAACAGCCCACAAAUGACUUUUCAGCAGGAACAACUGGACUGGUAGCGGCUGUACAUACACAAUGCCAUGCUUGAUGGCUGUGCCAAGAUAAAGGGCUAGUGAACUGAUGCCAGAGAUCCUCUAGAUUCUCCCCAUGCUCCUAGCCUUGCAGCUAACCCGUCAUCCCAGGGGGCACAUGGAUAAGACUUUGCUCACUUAAUACAUAAGACUAUUCUUUUUUUUUUUUUUUAUUCUCUUCCCUUAAAAGGGGGGGGCAAAUAUUUCACUUUGAACGUGUAGUAAUGUUUAAUAACUAUGUAACAUGAUAAAGGAAAUUAUUUAUUUUUAUAAGUAAAGAUGAGGUUUUUUUUCUGAAGUAACGACCUUGCCAAUAAUGGGGAGUGGUCAUAUGUCAUGACUCCUCCCCCUGCUGUCAAACAAGUGGCGUCUUCCAGCCUCACUCAGUGCUUUUUAUAAGAGUUUUGUACAUAGUGCCUUGUAUUUCUCCUUAUGCUAUUCCAAUGAAAUGUAUCCUUUGUCUCCAUAACAAAACUUGAUCAUUUGUACAUUUGAGAAGAGAUGAAUCAUUAUUUGGCUGUAGCCUCUUGGCGAAACAUUGUAGAAUCUGCUGCAACUUCUCUUGAGUGGGUAAAGGUGGCCAUAGAUGUAACAAUUAUGAUCUUUUCCAAAAGAUUGAUCGUUUCACACACACAUGUAGAGCUGAAUGGUCAGAUAUACAGGUAGAUUUACUGAUAGAAACAAUACAAAUCUAUCUGUACCGGACGAUUCACCCUAACAAUGGCCGAUGUUCAGGUGUCUUCAAAGGCACCGACUCAAAAUUUUCUGUCCAGCUUGAUCGAUGAGCCGACCGAUAUUUAAGUCUUCUGCCGAUAUCUGUCGGCUCUUUUCCCACCAUACACGCACCUAAUAUUGUACGAGAUUAUCUGUGCGUCUAUGGCCACCUUAAAGGAUAGACCAGGCACCUAAUGUCACUAG